AUGUCGGAGGAACACAGCAAGUCCAUGACAGAGACCGAGGCUGCCGAGGUUACCCCUAACACCGUCGACGACAACCUCACCUUUGCAGACCUCGGUCUCGACGACCGUCUCCUCCGUGGUCUUGCCAAACUCAACUUUACGAAACCCACCCCCGUCCAGGCAAAGUCAAUCCCUCUCGCCCUGGCUGGUAAAGAUAUCCUCGCCAAGGCCAGAACUGGAAGCGGAAAGACUGCUGCCUUCAUGCUCCCUCUCAUCCACAAGAUCCUCGCCGUCAAGGAUGCCCUUCCUGCCAACUCUCCUGAGGCGACCGCAACUAGAGGAUUGGUUCUUGUCCCCACUGUCGAAUUGGCCGGACAAGUCACAGCUUUCACCAACAACAUCUUGCUCUUCUGCGGCAGAGCUGUCAGCGUUUUGAACAUUGCUGGAAAGCAGAACGACAACAUCCAACAGCCCCUUCUCGCCACUCAGCCCGACAUCAUCGUCUCGACACCUUCCAGGAUUCUCGCCCAAUUGAAGUUGAACGCAGUGGACCUGAAGACCCAUUUCCAGACGCUUGUUAUUGACGAGGCCGAUUUGGUGUGCAACUACGACUACGAGGAGGACGUCAAGGAGCUGCUGACCUUUUUGCCCAAGAUCUUCCAGAGUUUCCUCAUGUCAGCAACCCUCGGCGACGAUGUCGAUUCGCUCAAGCAGUUGGUUUUGCGUUCACCAGCGAUUUUGAAGAUGGAGGACAAGACCAUGGAUUCGACCUGGGACAACUUGAAGCAACUUUACACCAUCUGCAGUGAGACCGACAAAUACUUGAUCCUCUACGUCUUGCUCAAGUUGAAGCUGCUCAAGGGCAAGUGCAUCAUCUUUGUGAACGACAUUGAGCGCUGCUACCGAUUGAAGCUCUUCCUGGAACAAUUCUCGAUCCCUAGUGUCGUCCUCAACUCGGAGCUGCCAUUGAACUCGCGCGUCCACAUUGUCGAGGAGUUCAACAAGGGAGUGUACGACUACAUGAUCGCCACCGAUGAGGGUGGACUCAAAGGCGAGAAGGAGGAGGAAUUGAAGGCGUCUGUCGAGGAGAUCGAGGAGAACAACGAAGACGAGGACGAGGAGGACGAGGAGGAGGCUGAGGAAGAAGCUGAGGAAGAUGAUGGUAUCCCUGAGGGCGAUCUGGAAAUGGAGUUUGAUGGCUCUGAAGGCGAGGAUCUGGAUAACGACGAGGACGAGAUGGAAGCUAUGAUGAAGGCCAGCGAUAACGAGGACGAGGACGAUGAGGCCAGCGCCAUGGCCGAGAUGCAGGGAGGCGAUGUCACACCAACAGAUUCCAAGAAGAGGAAACAACCCGAGCCCGACACCAAGACAGCACCCACGAAGUCAAAGAAGAAGUCGGGACCCAAGAAGGAUCAGGAGUACGGAGUUUCGCGCGGUAUCGACUUUGUCAACGUCGCAGCUGUCGUCAACUUUGAUUUCCCACCCACCGCCAAGUCAUACACACAUCGCGUCGGCCGUACAGCCCGUGGUGGACAGAUGGGAACGAGUUUGAGCUUUGUGGUCACCGCAGAGGAGAAAGAGAAGUCGCUCAAGAGCAGUCAGAUCAUUGGAGGCGGAGGCUGGAACCAGAUGCAGGGUGACGACGAGGCUGUCUUCAACCGCGUUGUCAAGCAGCAGUCUGCGUCUGGAUGCACCAUCAACCCAUAUACCAUCCCAAUGCAACAGUUGGCAGGAUUCAGAUACCGUAUGGACGAUGCCAUGCGCGCCGUCACCCGCAUGUCGAUCCGCGAGGCUCGUCUGAAGGAGUUGAAGGCCGAGAUGUUGAACUCUGAGAAGCUUCGUGCCCAUUUUGAGGACAAGCCUAAGGAUUUGGAAUAUUUGCGCCACGACAAGACGCUGCAUCCAACACGCGUCCAGGCACACAUGAAGCACGUCCCAGACUAUAUGAUGCCCAAGGUCCAGGCCGUGUCGAGCGAGAAGAUUGGAGAGGCUGAGGGAUUGGGUCACAUCAACUUCAAGAAGAAGACCCAAAACUCGGUACGGGUGUCUCGUCAGAACAAGAGGCACGGUGGUGGUGGCGGUGGUAGCGGCGGAAAGAAGAAUGAUCCUCUGAAGAAGUUUAGCUUUGGAGGCGGUGGACGAAACAAGGACCGCAAGGGCGGAAAGCGCCAGAAGACCGCAUAA